CUGCCCAUGGAUCCCCCCCCCCCACAUCAAUUCUCACCCCACCUUAUGGAGGUACCCCGACAUUUGAACUGGAUACAGGUGGAGCAUAUCAGGGGCUUUCUUGCUAAGAGGUUUUUGGGGUGUCAUCCCCCCGGGUCCCCCCAAUUCCCCCCCAUAAACUGUUUCCCGAUCUCUCUGUCUAAUAACAAUGUUUCUCUUGUUCUCUUCACAGAAGAGGAGCGUCCCAAACCCAGCAGGCCGGUGGUUCCCCAGCUGGCCCCCCCGAAGAUCCCCGAUGGGGAGAGAGUGGACUUUGAUGACAUUCACCGCAAGCGCAUGGAGAAGGACCUGCUGGAGCUGCAGACGCUCAUCGACGUGCACUUCGAGCAGAGGAAGAAGGAGGAGGAGGAGCUCAUCGGCUUGAUGGAGAGAAUUGAGCGCCGUCGAGCGGAACGGAACGAGCAGGUGCGGUUCCGGACCGAGAAGGAGCGGGAACGCCAGGCCAAGCUAGCUGAAGAGAAGCUGCGCAAGGAGGAGGAGGAGGCCAAGAAACGGGCCGAAGACGACGCCAAGAAGAAGAAGGUUCUGUCCACCAUGCCGCAUUUUGGCGGCUAUCUGGUCAAGGCCGAGCAGAAGCGGGGCAAGCGGCAGACGGGGCGGGAGAUGAAGAACCGGAUCUUGGCCGAGCGACGGAAGCCCCUAAACAUCGAUAGCAUGCGGGAGGAUGAGCUGAGGGAGAAGGCCAAGGAGCUGCACGACUGGAUCCACCAGCUGGAGUCGGAGAAGUUUGACCUGAUGGAGAAACUCAAGCGCCAGAAAUACGAGAUUAACAUCCUUUACAACAGCAUCAGCCAUGCCCAGAAAUUGUGAGUAGCCACCGCAGUACCCAUCUCCCCUGCUUGGGACGGGGGGUUGGGGUCCUGGUCCAGAGA